AUGGCCCUGCAAUCCUCCGAUGAUCUUCAUAACCUCCGGCCCCCAACCGGACAGGUUAUGAGCCCAAUGAUGCCAAUGGCGGAGGGCAUGGCAGGUGUUCGAGAUUCAGUUCCUGGACAAGCUGGUUUGCCGAGUGGGGAAAUGGGCAGACAUGGUGGAUAUGGAACACUGAAUCCGAUCCCGAAUCGGAGUGGAGCAAUGGGACCAUCGCCUUUGAUGAAUGGUGUGAAUCCUGCAGGAGUGGCUGCUUCUUUGGAUGGGCCAACGAUAACCGGAUCUGGCGAAGCGAGAACCGCACUGGGCGCGACGAACGAAGUCGUCCUCAAGAACAGCCACAACUCGCUUUGGAGGCACCACCUGCUAGAGAAGCCGCCAGGGUCCCUCAAGAACCAGAUGAUCAAUCCCUGCUGGCUAUGGUUCCUCGUCAAGGCCUACUACAACCGUCCCAAGAGGAUGUUGCAGGGGACGGGUGUGGAGCAGAGUGAUCAAGAUCCAGUUCAUAGCAGUGAAGAUCAUGUGGUUUGGUAUUCCAGGCUACGAGGACUUGUUCAGGGCGUGGUGAAUCCAGUGAUGGAGAGGGUCCAGGUGACGAGGAGUCGUACUGCGAUGAGCUCACCCCAGGCCUGGCAGUCACCGACAACGACGCCCGAACCUCGUGAAGCUGGAACUCCACUUAUGGAACCUGCCAUGCAGCAAGCCAUGCAGGAAUGGACACAGAGGACCUCUUUGUUGCAGCCAAGGCAAGAUCUGUUUGGAAGUCCUGCUGAGCACUCGUCGGGCGAGUCUGUCUCCCCUGAGAUGGUGCAAGAAGAGGUCAGGCGACAAGUUCAGAUUGCAAUCCAAGGACGAGAUGUCAAGGUGCACCAGCUUCAAUCGGAAAAUGACGAGUUGAAGAAACUGCUGCAUCAGGUGAUGGAAGCCGCCUCAAGACCGCAGGGGGUGGGUGAGGAGAUGACGAGAGCCGACCUGAGAGGCCGCUUGGGAUCUGGGGGCCUUGAACUUCCAGGUGUUCGAAGGGCAAGGGGAAGCGAUCGUCCUCAUCAACCAGAGGAACUACGGCCCAUUGGGGUGGAAAACGGAGCUGCAGGGCUGCUUGGUCCUCCCCCUGGAUUGGAUGGUGGUGGAUAUAGAGCUAGCUUUGUGAACAAUGAUAGUGGCAAUGUGGGUGGUGGUGCCCAGGGACAGGGCACAGGGAAACCGCCUACAGGGUUGAGCUCUGAUUUGCAAGGAGGGCAAGCCGUGGCGAGUGAAGGCGAGAACCUUGGCAAGAACGACACCCUUCCUGAAGCAGGUCGGAGCAGUGGUGGCGCUGGCAGCGUGGGAGGUGGAGGACCAAAGGACAAGGAGACCUCGACCCUUGAGCUUCUAGCACAUGGAAUUCAGCAGUUGCAGCAGAUGCAGAUGAAGAAGGAUGGCCAUGACCCUGAGAUCCUGAAGGGCAGUGUCGAAUUACCGAAGAUGCCGGAGCCCUACACAGAUAGCAGUUCAGUGGCCUUCCUGGAGUGGAUGUAUGAAGCGGGGCAACUCAUCGGCUCCCUGACGGAGAAAGCCUCUGGAUGGUGGGAGGCGAACUCCCAGUUGGCAGUGAACACCUACAAGGCCUACCAAGGUGAGUCGCCACUCCAAAAGUUGAAGAUCAGGGCGGGGGCGAACUCCUUUGUGGACGAUGAGAAAUGGUCAAGACUGGAACGAAGAGUCAUGGCCUUACUGCUCCAGUCGAUGCAACCCCAAAUCAAGAACGAGGUGAUGAUGCUCCGGAUAGACAAGGUCAAGGAUUGCCUGUUCAAGCUCUACACCAUCUACACCCCGGGUGGAGCAAGUGAGAGGGCAUCAUUGAUCAAACAACUGGAGUACAUUGCACCUCAAGACAGCCCAACGGAGCUCACUGCCAGCUUGAGGAAAUGGAAGAAGCUGGUCUCUCGAGCCUCAGAGAUGGGAGUGAACAUUCCCGAUGGCUCUGUGCUGUUGGUGGCGGUGGAGAAUGCGAUUAAGAAGGUUGUAAGUGGACAACCGGAUAUGGCCUUCAAGUUGAAUAUGGCGAAGCAGGACCUCCAGCUCCCUUACCAGCCACACAUCACCUCCGUCUUGACUUAUGUGGACCAUAUCCUGGCUGAGCUCCAACAGGUGAUCCCCAUUGCGCGCAACGACCCGAAGCUCAAGGGCAUGAAUGUGGAACCAAAAACACCGUCCAAUGCUGGGAGUCCAGCAAGAGGCCAGAAAGCACCUUGCAAGUUCUGGUCCAGUGACGAAGGUUGUCGGAAGGGUUCCAGUUGCAAGUUUGCUCAUGAGUUCCUGUCCAAGGAGGAAAAGAAGGGUCGAUGCUGGCAUUGUGGAGGAAAGAACCAUCGGCAGAACGAAUGCCCUGUGAAAACGGGAAAAUCAAAGGGAGGUGGAAAGGGAAGCUCGUCCACCCAAUCUACAACUCCACCGACUUCGACAACGGCUACCGUGGCAGCAAUGGCGGUGUUCGGGAACAUUGACCUCGUCCGGUUCGUCCUCGGCUGCAUCUACCGUCUUGUUUUCGGAGCAACCGUGGAAACCAAUGAGGCCAUCGCGACCUUGAACCACUUCCUCCGGUCUCAAGAUGAAGUUCAGAAGGCCAGAAAAGUGGCGGUCCAGUUGGCGGAUGGGAGGCAGCUUGGUGCAGUCACUUGGGUGUACUUUGAGGUGGAGCCGGAGGCGAGGACUACAAUUCACCAUCCAGAACAUGGUCUGCUGCCCACAAAGCUUGUGGGAAAUUGCCCGGUCUUGAGAGAGGCCGAAGCUCUGAAGCUAAUCAGUGACCUAGAGGAGGUUGAGCUCGGGAAGUUGAAGGCCAACAACAUGGAUGGCGUCAUGCGGGCAUUGAACACCGGAGGUCAAGAAGAAGGGCCAUCAUGGAAGGAAGGUUUGGAUGAGUUCGUGGCAACGGGAUCCAGGAAGGCUCUUCGUCGAAUGCUGUUGGAUCCAGACUCACCUGUGGGUUCUUGUACUGAGGACGAGAUUGUGGCUAUGAUCGGCUUGGACGAUGUGAACCUCAGUGAUUCGAGCGGGGCGUCUAUCUUGAAGGGCUUACCGCUGAACCGAGCAGCAAGGCGAAGAUUGCUGUCUACAAGAUGGGCGAUACACAUGUUCAGUGGUGAGAGCAAGGAAGCUGAGAUGGAAACGGAGUCCAUGUCGACCCUGAAGAUAGACCUGCGAAUAUCCAAAAGGUAUGACAUGCUGAAGAGCCACGAGACCACCAAGGCCCUACUGUGGGCUGCAGCUCGAGGACAAGUGGAAGGUCUCUAUGGGGGUCCGCCUCGUAAGAUGGAGAACCAGGAGCUCCUCACGAAGAAGUUCUGGUUGAUGUGGAUCAUUGCAAAUCGAGGUGCUGAGCUCAGCGACCUACGGAAGCCUUUUGUUGCCAUGGAAUUACCUGGACCGAGCGACUUCUGGAAUGGCCCUGUCUGGCAGGGUAUUAAGUCGACCUACGAUGUGGCCACCCUCUACAUGGAGGUAAACCAUGAAAGAUACGCCUUCGCCACCAACCUCAACGUCCCGAAUGGUUUCCUGGUACCGAACUUUGAAGCCUUGUCCCAAUCAACACCUCCGAGAUCCCAAUGGCCAGAUGAGCUGAAGCAGCGACUGUAUACCGGGAUGAAGCUUUGGAGAGUCUAUGGGGACGAAGGCAUGAGAUUGAGGAUGAUGGCAAGGAUGACAAGGCCGGUGAACAUGACGGAAAAGGAGCUGAAGCAUUGGGAGGACCAUGUGAAGGCAGGCCACAUCCCCUAUGAUCGUCGUUGCCAAACAUGUGUCCGGACGGCGGCGACAGGCCGGGCCCACCGGAGAACUUUAGCGCCGAGCGCAUACUCACUUUCGCUGGAUAUCGCCGGUCCUUUCAGGGCCAGAGGCGAAACAGCGGAUUCGGCUCGCUACAGGUACCUCCUCGUGGGAGCAUACUGCCAUCCGAAGUUGGAAGAAGAAGCUGAGGUGCAGGAUGAUGGUCUGGGGGUGGACAAUGAUGACCCUAUGGAAGAGGAGGAUAAAGGCGAUCCAGUUGAGGAGGAGGACGACGACUACCAGAAAGAGAUGAAUGAGAGGUACAAGAUGAUCUACAAGCACAUUGGAGAUGACAUCGAGUACCAGACCUUGCAUUUCGCAGUACCUAUGGAGACCCGAACAGGGAAGGAGGUGUUUGCGAAGGUCCGAGACAUCUAUCUGGAGCUUCGUCGCGAUGGACUGCCCUUAACAAGAAUCCACUCGGAUCGGGGAAGGGAGUUAAAGGGGCAAGCCUUGAGGUCCUGGAUGUCUGAACGGGACAUCCUGGCAACUACGGGUGAGUCACAACAACCGCAGCAGAAUGGAAGAGCUGAAGCCCUUGUACGACAGUUAAAGAGCAGAUGCAGGACCCUACUCCGAUCGUCAGGAUUACCCAGAACAUGUUGGCCUCUAGCUGCAACCUUCAGUGCUCGAAGACAAAGAGAUCUAGCGCUUGGAAAGCUUGAUGACAAGGACCUCACCUUCGGGGCGAAAACCUAUGUCAAGGCCAAGGUCUGUGGAACUGGAGGCUCGUACGAUUUAGAUGAAAGAUGGAAGGAAGGGGUCUUCGUGGGAUAUUCCAGUGAUGUCCAGCGGGGAAAGGUUGUCCGGUUCGGAGAUGGGGGCUAUGUCACGAGCGUGCAUUUGAGACCGUAUCUGGUGGACUCGGACGACCUGGUGGACCCGAAUCCCCUGGAGCUGCAUUUACCAGCACCGGAACGUCGUGUUCGAGGGAAGGCACGAAUCGCUGGAAUGACACUUCCAGAGACUCCUGCUGAGCUGUUGGCGAAGGAGUACCUCCAGGAGGAGAAGUUCGACUUAGAAGACAUCCUUCGACUAUGGCAAGAGCUCAAGCCACAACCCAAGGAAGGACUACGGACAAGCAGAAGGGAGAAAAGAAAGGAGGAACCAGCAAUCUGGAAGACUGGCCAAUUCACCCAUGGUGGGAUUUGCGGUCUGCUUGAAGCAACAAGGACAAUGCCGUGGACAACAUCCUACUUGACCAAGGUCCUUUCUGAGUGGGUGGGGCACAACGAGUUCACCGCGCUGCAGAUCACAGACAAUGUGGGGAUGCAAAUGCAUAGAGACAGCCACAACUACCAAAGCCGAAUGAACGUUGUCUUGCCUGUGUGCUUGCCGGAACAGGGAGGUGGAAUAUGGGUUGAGGCCGACGAGGUGAACUACUGUUGGGAAGAUGAAUGGAGGCAAGUUCGCGAAGCUGAAUGGCGAAGAGGCAAAGUCCAUGAACUACGACUUGGAGAACCAAUCACAUUCGACCCGAGGAAGUACCAUGUGACUGAAGAUUGGGUGGGAAGAAGGGUGGUUGUGGCAAUGUAUACUCCAAGGGCGAAGAACAUGGAUGGCUUCACGAAGGAAACCUUGGAUGACCUUGGAUUUGGAAUGCCGGAAGAGGACCGUAGGCAGUUUCCCGAUUACAAGAAAGGUGCGAUCUUGAAGAUGAUGAACAUGGCCCAAGAGGACAAGGAGGUGGACGCGGUGGUGUUCCAAAUGAGGGAACCAGCAGAGUCCAAGGUGAGUUUAGAAGAAUCUUUGGACGAGCUUCAUGAACUUCAAGAAGGAAUUGUGGAAAGGCUUCGAGCUCGGGCUGAGAAUCUAAGGGACCUACUCAAUGAGGAGGAGAUCUUAGCGGAAGAGCUACAAGCAACCAAUGAAAUGGUGAAGGAGGAAGCGGACCACGCCCGGGUGACGAUCGAGGAGUGGCUUAAGGAUGCCGAGGAGAAGAUGGGCAAUGUGAGAAAGGUAACUGAAUCCUUUUUCCUCAAAGUCGCGAACCUGAACGAGAAUGAUGAGAUCGCGAAUGUGGAGGAGUACCUUCAGAAUCUGCAGGAGGACUUGAAGGUGACCUUGGAUGUGCCCUUGGACCAGGUGAAGCUGUGUCUCGAAAAAUGGGUUGAAGCAAUCCAAAAGGAGCUAACCAACCUGGAGGUGAACACCGGGGCGCUAGAGAGAAUCACCAUGGAAGAGGCGAAGCAGAUGGAAAGAGAGGGAAGGCUCCGACUCAUCCCUGGAAAAAUGGUCUUCACUGUCAAACCUGUGGGGGAGGCCAAUUCGGGGAGUAUCUCAUCUACAUCACCAAAAUGGAAACGGAAAGCGAGGAUGGUGAUCUGUGGGAACAGGGUGGACUUUGAUGACGACCACACCAAGGCGUUGCUAUACGCUUCGGGGGCAUCGGCCGAGAGUCUGAGGAUUGCACUGUGCAUUGCAGUGGCAGGUGGGUGGCUGGCAGCAGUCACCGAUAUCACUGGUGCAUUUCUUCUUUCGGAAUGGCCAGAAGGCAAGCCUCGAUAUGGUGUCCUACCUCCUCGAAUUCUUCAACAGGGUGGAUUUCUGGGGUCUACGGAUGUUCUUUUGGUCAAGCGACCGCUAUAUGGACUCCGUGAGUCGCCGGCACUUUGGGCUUCCUACAGAACACGUGUGUUAAAGGGUCUGGAGAUACCGUACCACAAGGGCAGCCUCCGGUUGAAACAGCUGAGGACGGACUCUGAGCUGUGGAUGAUCAUGUUCUGCGAGGGCGAGGAAAUGACCCUGUAUGGCAUCCUGGUCACUUAUGUCGAUGAUCUUCUGUACCUCAGCGACUCGGAAAUCAUUGAAGCCGUGCAUGGAUGGAUCAAGGAGAGGUGGCCCUGUGCUCCAUUGGAGUAUGCCAAACAAGAAGGGGGCAUAAGAUACCUGGGGAUGGAGUUGGUCCAGGAUGAGAACGGACUAUUUUCCUUGGGGCAGGCGGGCUACGUGCGAAAUCUGGUCCGAAUCCAUGGUUUGAGCGAGGAGGCUACAUCGAACCUACCAUGCCCGAAGGAAUGGUUGUGUGACGAUGACUACGACCUUCAGGAGGAGAACUACACGGAAAGCGAAUUGAGGCGUGGACAAAAAAUCACAGGAGAGUGUCUGUGGCUAUCGUGUAGAACCCGACCCGACCUCCUCUUCGUCACCAACUAUAUGUCUUCGACGGUGUCACGAUCUCCAUGCCGCGUGCAUCGCAUUGGGCUUAAAGUCAUCGCCUACUUGAACGCGACGGUUGACCUGAAAAUCCGGGUGGAUAAGAUCCCAAGCAGUUCCAACCAGAUCCCGAGCAGUUCCAACCAGAUCCCGAGCAGUUCCAACCAGAUCCCAAGCAGUUCCAACCAGAUCCCGAGCAGUUCCAACCAGAUCCCGAGCAGUUCCGACCAGAUCCCGAGCAGUCCCAGUCAGACUCUAAACAGCAGCGAUGACAAGCAAGCACACCAGGUGGUUUCGGGUCAUAAGGUUCGGUUCAACGUGCAACUCUGUGGAUAUUCAGAUGCUUCCUUUGCGCCGUUUGGUGGAAAGAGCUUUGGUGCCAGUGUUGCAGUGGUGGGAAGGACUCCAGUUGCUUGGAAAGCGAGCAAACAGUCGAUGGUGAGCAUGUCGGUUUGUGAGGCAGAGAUGAUGGAAAGUGCGACAUGUGGGCUUCUUCUUGAAUCGGUGGCUUCAAUCCUGGUGGAAAUUUGUGGACCAAUUGUCUGCCCUGAACUAAGGGUAGACAAUGCUGCUGCCACGAGCCUCCUUUCAGGCUCACAUGGGUCAUGGCGGACUCGACACCUGAGAAUCAGACAUGCCUACAUCUUGGACAAGAUCGCCCGAGGAGAACUCCGAGUGAAACACACUCCGGGGGACCGCCAAUUGGCGGACCUUCCAACGAAACUACAUCCCCGGGCUCGACUGAUGGAAUUGCUGCGAUUGUGGGCAAUGUUUGGACUUCCGGAGUUGGACAGAGCACAUCAAAUGGAGGAUCUGAGGCUUUGCUACUUGAUGCUGGCAAUGAUGGCUAUGAUGUCGAUUGGCGUUGAAGGAAGGAAGGUCGAAGACCCGAACUCCUUUCUGAAGGAGCCUCUGGCAGCGACUGGAACGAUGGAGCUUCUGUUGCUGCUGGGAAUGUCGUGCGUUGUGGCCGUGGCAUGCUGGGAGAUGAUCAAGAUGAUUGGAAAGUGGGGCUGGAAUAAGAUGUUUGGGACAAAGAAGACGAGGAAGCUAAGAAGGCUUCGAGAUUUGGCGAAGAUGGCAGCGGAAGCAGAGGUGAAACGAAGCCUGGAGCAAGCGAGUGAGGAGUCCGAGGCUACAAUCCACCAAGCAAUGCGACAGACCGGAAACCGGGCAACGUCUUCGUCUGAGCCAAAGAUGAAGACCGUGGGGACACAGACCCCAGCUGUGGAGCCGGAAAUCCAUGAGAGGGUGGUGACUGUUCAUGUUCCAGAGGUUCGAGAAAGAGUGGUUCAUGUAGAAGUCCCAACCCGGGAAACCCAUCGCUAUGACCGUAUCAACGAGAUCUACAUGACCGGCCACGGUGGAGGUGCUUUCCACACUUGCCAGGACUGCCAGGGCUUUCGAUUGGCGACAUCAAGGGUGCAUUCCAUUGCCUUGUGUACCUGGUGCAGCCGAUCCCGACCGAUAUUCACCCGAAGCCUGGUUUAG